AUGAAGUGGACUUUCAUCUUCGCCAUCGCUACAUUUGCAUUGGGCGCCGCUGCUGCUCCGGCUGGCGCUGUUGAAGCUGUCCCUGAAGCUCUUUACCUCUCACCCAUCAAAUAUGCCGAAUUCGAAGAAGACGCUUAG